AUGCAUCGCACAGCGCUGCAACGAUUGUGCACAUUGAAUAUACAGCGGAAGAUCUCGACCAGCUUUACCACAGGUAGAGCGAAACUCAUGGAAUCGAACGUACCCAAAUUGCACAAUUUUGUGAAACGAACCCCAACAUGGGAUUCAAGUGAGCUAUGCCAGCUUUUAUCAGAUUCCGACGGCUGGGACGAUUUGGUGAAAGAAGAAGCAGUUGAGUCUCACUACGGAACAGUAUCCAAAGUACCCAAAAGACCACGAGAAGAUGACGAUGUGCAGAUUGUGGCAAUCAAAACGGACAACAAACGACAGCUGGACCAGUUUCUGCAACGGGUUUCGUCAAGAACAGGUACGGCAACAACGAAUGGUAAAAGUGGCGCAUUACAACGCUCCAAAACUGUCGGAACAGUACUCUCCGGUCUUCAAACAUCGGUGAAUCGUGAGAAAACUGUUCAGAAAGGUGUCAGGAGCUUUACAACCAGCGCUGUGACUCAAACCCGAAGUACAGACAAAGUUAAUCUGGCAUCGUAUACUAAGGACCUUCAAGAGUUACCGCCAGCUCCAAAACUGCGUCGCUCACCGUCGUUCGAAGACCCGCAAUGUUCUUCUCCACCUGUUACCACUGAUGAGGACGUUGACAAGAUUGAACCCCAGCAAAGAAGAUCUUCCAAACGGUCCAAAAAUCACGAAUUGGUAUUUCUGACGCAAAAGGAAGAACGAGAGGGUUCCGAGGAAGUUGCAUCCAGAACAAACAGCAAUAUCACCAAAAAGCUUGUACAGGGCCUUGUUUUAAGUGAGGAACAGGAGUAUGUUAUAGAACUAGCGAAGAAAGGACACAAUCUGUUUUACACAGGUAGUGCAGGAACCGGAAAGUCAGUGCUUUUGAGAGUUUUAAUCAAGACGUUGAGGAGGAAAUAUGGACAUGAAAACGUCGCUGUUACCGCAUCUACAGGGUUGGCUGCUUGCAAUAUCGGAGGUAUAACCGUACACUCCUUUGCAGGAGUUGGUUUGGGACAUGGCGACAAGAGGGCUGUACUCAAAAAGGUACGAAGAUCUAAAAAACAUUGCGUCCGCUGGGCCAACAUAAAUGCCCUGGUCAUUGACGAAGUGUCCAUGAUCGAUGGCGAUCUUUUGGAUAAAUUAGACCACAUCGCAAAAUCCCUGCGAAAGAACUCGGCACCAUUUGGUGGCAUUCAGAUCAUCCUUUGCGGUGAUUUUUUCCAGCUACCUCCUGUCAAUAAGGACAACAGUAGCGCCACGAAAUUUGCAUUUCACGCUGCAGCGUGGAAAGAUGCCAUUGAUGCAACGAUCAUGUUACAGAAAGUGUUCAGACAACAAAGCGAUGCCGAAUUUGUCAAAAUGCUGAAUGAGAUGAGAAUGGGAAACAUCUCCCCGGAAACCGAAAUGGAUUUUAAAAGGCUCAGUCGAGCUUUGCCAGAGGAUGAUAUUAUACCUGCCGAGCUGUAUAGUACGCGAAAUGAAGUUGACAGAGCAAAUAUGUCUCGUCUCAAUGGCCUUCCGGGCAUAUGCCACACGUACAAUGCCAUAGAUGGUGGUAUCAUGAAAGAUGAAAUACAAAAAGAGAAGCUACUCUCCAAUUUUUUGGCACCCAAAGAACUGAAACUAAAAGUGGGAGCGCAAGUAAUGAUGAUCAAAAACAUGGACGAGACUUUAGUAAAUGGUUCUCUAGGUAAAAUCAUUGAUUUUAUUGACCAAAGAACCUACAUGUUUUACGACACUGUGAGACUGAAUCCAGAGAUAGAAAACUCACGGCUGGAAUCGAUGUUAGAGGGGAAAAUUCCUGUAAAUGAAAACAGCGAAGAAGACGACAGCAAUCAAAAAGUGAUUAGGAAAAAAAGCGUCAAAGACUCUUUCUGCAGAGUAGGAAGUCAAUUACCCCAUGAUAAACUAGGCGAAAGCAUUUUUGAUUUCCUAUUGACAGACACCGAUAAUCUCACCGGCGAUCAAAAAAGCAACAUAUUGAGAAAGAAAGAGCUACUCGAGCAGAUAAGGGCAAGUUCGACAGGACGUAAACUCCCAUUCGUGAGAUUUCUUACUCCUGACGGUUCUUCGCGAUUGGUCUUAGUACAGCCCGAAGACUGGGCGGUGGAGGACGAGCACCAAAAGCCUCUCGUUAGCAGAAUACAGCUGCCUUUGAUGCUUGCUUGGGCCCUCUCUAUCCAUAAGUCUCAGGGUCAGACACUUCCAAAGGUUAAGGUGGAUUUGAGACGAAUUUUUGAGAAGGGACAAGCCUAUGUAGCAUUAUCGCGCGCUACAUGCAGAGAGGGCUUGCAGGUACUGAACUUCAACAAAACGAAAGUACAAGCACAUGAAAGUGUCGUAGAAUUUUAUCGCACACUCAUUUCGGCUCAUGAGGCCAAAAAGCGGGUUUCUGAUAAUACUACGAGGAAACAGACAGGCUCUUAUGCGCCCAGAGUAGCAGCAAAACCUAUGCACAGGCAAGAGGAGCGGCAGGACCGGAUAACCUCACUUCUUCAACGCAAAAACAGAAAAAACUUGUAUGAUUUGGAGCCCGAAAUCAUAGAUGCGGUUGCUGGAGAGUACAUAGAUGCCGAUGCGAGUAACUAA